AUGUUUUCUUCGUGGGAUCUAGUACGCCCAACCUUUUGGCACCCAAUGUCGAUGUUGGAGCUGUCUUUGAUGGACCUCAAUACGAUGCCGCAAUACACGAUGGGCAUGCGGUAUGUGCCCGACGUCAGCACUGACGAUGAUUUUUUCAAGGAUCUGCCCACGACGAAUCAGUCUGAGCAAAAAGAUGAGAAGUUGGAACAGACCCCUGAGUCGGAGAACCAGAGUGCGUUCACGUCUUACUCGUUCAGCAGCUCGUCUGUUGUGGAUGAUGGGGGAAAUAAAGUUGUGAGUACGCGUCGCCGCUAUGAAGACUCAACGGGACGCCUGAAAGCAGAACACGAACGUGAGGUGGCGGGCAAGCGCCUGAAGACGGUAUGGAGCCGUCAGAAUGCCAAGGACGAGGGCGAACAUAAGACGAUAUGCUCGCAGGGAACGCCCGAUGAUUUUGAGAGUUUAUGGAGCCGCACGGCGUUUGGCAAGGCCCAGGAAAAGAAGAGCAAGGAGUUGACGGAAUCGGGUGAGCCUCGCCAAAGCGGCGAGCUGAAGCAGCAGCCACAGCAACAGCAACAACAACAACAACAACAACAAGAGCAAGUGUCGACUGCGCCAACCCCGUAA